GGUCUGUAGGAGAGGCCACACCAAGACUUCCAGAUGAACAACCGAAAGGAAGAUAUGGAAAUCACGUCCCACUACCGGCACCUGCUUCGUGAGCUCAAUGAGCAGAGGCAGCACGGGGUCCUGUGCGACGUCUGUGUUGUCGUGGAGGGCAAGGUCUUCAAGGCGCACAAGAACGUCCUGCUUGGGAGCAGCCGCUACUUCAAGACGCUCUACUGCCAGGUGCAGAAGACAUCUGACCAGGCCACAGUCACCCACCUGGACAUUGUCACAGCCCAGGGCUUCAAGGCCAUCAUCGACUUCAUGUACUCUGCCCACCUGGCCCUCACGAGCAGGAAUGUCAUCGAGGUGAUGUCCGCCGCCAGCUUCCUGCAGAUGACGGACAUCGUGCAGGCCUGCCACGACUUCAUCAAGGCCGCGCUGGACAUCAGCAUCAAGUCAGACACCUCAGAUGAGCUCUCAGAGUUCGAGAUUGGCGCCCCAUCCAGCAGCAGCACGGAGGCCCUGAUCUCGGCCGUGAUGGCGGGGAGGAGCAUCUCCCCGUGGCUGGCUCGGCGGACGAGCCCAGCCAACUCCUCUGGAGACUCAGCCAUUGCCAGCUGCCAUGAAGGCGGGAGCAGUUACGGGAAGGAGGAUCCGGAGCCCAAGGCCGAUGGCCCUGAGGACAUCUCCUCGCAGGCCCUGUGGCCUGGAGAUGUGGGCUAUGGGCCUCUGCGUAUCAAGGAGGAGCAGAUCUCGCCCUCUCACUAUGGAGGGAGUGAGCUGCCCUCUGCCAAGGACGGUGCAGUACAGAGCUCGUUCGCAGAGCAGGGUGCUGGGGACAGCUGGCAGCCUACGGGCCGGAGGAAGAACCGCAAGAACAAAGAGACUGUCCGGCACAUCACACAGCAGGUGGAGGACGACAGCCGGGCCGGCUCUCCGCUGCCCGCGUUCCUUCCCACGCCUGGGUGGCCGUUCAGCAGCCGAGACUCAAGUGCAGACCUGACCGUCACUGAGGCCAGCAGCUCAGACAGCCGAGGGGAGCGGGCCGAGCUCUAUGCACACGUCGACGAAGGUCUGCUGGGAGGAGAAGCCAGCUUCUUAGGUCCGCCACUCACCCCGGAAAAGGACGAGGCCCUGCACCAGGCCACGGCGGUGGCCAGCCUGCGCGCGGCACUCAUGAGUAAGAACAGCCUGCUGUCCCUCAAGGCCGACAUGCUCGGAGACGACGGCUCCCUGCUGUUCGAGUAUCUGCCCAAAGGCGCCCACUCGCUGUCCUUGAACGAGUUCACAGUGAUCAGGAAGAAGUUCAAGUGUCCCUACUGCAGCUUCUCGGCCAUGCACCAGUGCAUCCUCAAGCGCCACAUGCGCUCGCACACGGGCGAGCGGCCCUACCCGUGCGACAUCUGCGGGAAGAAGUUCACGCGGCGUGAGCACAUGAAGCGGCACACACUGGUGCACAGCAAGGACAAGAAGUACGUGUGCAAGGUGUGCAGCCGCGUGUUCAUGUCUGCGGCCAGCGUGGGCAUCAAGCACGGCUCGCGGCGCCACGGCGUGUGUGCCGACUGCGCGGGCCGCGGGGUGGCGGCGCCCCUGGACCACGGCGGCGGCGAGGGCUCCCCCGAGGCGCUGUUCGCGGGCGACGGGCCCUACUUGGAGGACCCCGACGACCCCCGCGCGGAGGGCGAGGAGGAGCUGGGGGAGGACGACGACGACGUCGGCCUGGCGCACGAGGACGCGCUGCUGGGGGACGACAAGGACGACGAGGACUCGCCGCGGGGGCCCGGCAGCCCGGCGGGCGAGCAGGACAAGGACUUCGCCUGGAUCUCCUAGGCCGCCGCCGGCCCUCGUCUGCCCCGCGGCCGCCCGUGGCCAGGUGCUACCCCCGCCUCCCGCGGCCCGCACGGCGCCCCUGCUGCCCCUUCCCGGACGGGCGCGAGCCGGGCUCCGCCCCGUUGCUGCUAACGCCGCAGGUGGCGAGCCUGGCUGCGGCGCCGCUUGCACCUAUCCACCUGGGUAACCAAAUUCUACAGUAGAGACAUAUCGAGGUAGUACAGAGAAGUAUUCUGUUUGGCAUUAUUUUCCUCACUUGAAACCAUACGGGGUUGCUUUUCUUUUAGCUUGUUGUCAGGUCCUCGUGCGUCAGUUCGAACGGUCUCACCCCACGUGCUGUGCUUUCCUGGAGGUGGAGGCCCGGGGCGGGGUGCGGGAGGGCGGACCGCCUGCCGCGCGAGGUGGGUGCCGAGUGCCGGGUGGAGAGCUGUAGUUUCUCUUUCCAGACCACAAGCCAAAUGGCUUUGACCAAUUUUUCUACUGUGUCACACCUAUUCUUUCUAGGUGGAAAAAGGAAAACCCUACCUAUAGAAGCAGAGCUUAGGUCCGAGCGGUCCCACGGAACGUGUCCCCCGCUGACAUUCCCUGAGUGCCAGCUGCCUUACCUGCUGCUGCUGAGGGGGACAGGGCCGGCCCACGCGGACACGCGGGGACAUGGUGCUGCCCUAGAGGGCCGGUGCCACCGGAGAGGAGUGCAGGGUUUUGAUUUUUCCAAGAAAGUCAGCCUCUAUUUCUCCCCGUUCCAGGAGGACCCCUGCUGGCCUGGUGUGGGGUUUGCCGCACCUGUCCCGGGGGGAGGCUGUGAGCUCCUCAGGGCGAGUCCUUCAGAGGACGAGGCCAGCAGCCCCCGAGCCGCCCGCUCUCCUGCGGUGGCGGCAGCGCUGGGCACCCCUCUCAGUGGAGCAGUGCAGCUCCGCCCCCGCCACGGGGGCUCUGGGCUGAGCCUCUCCGGCCUUCCCGGCCCCCUCCGAGGGCUCUCUGAACUUUGUACCUUUCCUCCCGCUUUUUAAACACCUUUUCUAAACAGACUUACUUUCUUAUAAAAUGCAUUUGGAAACCAGACCUUUGCUACCGGUGUCUCUGGAUUUUGUACCAAUCCCCAGCGUCUCAGGCGUCGGCCAGGCCCGGCCGCUCCCCCGGGCACCUCCGCCUCUGCACUCAGGAUGUCUUGCUCUCCCAGCCCCUUCUGCACCACCUCUGCUGGCCUUUCUGGGGCUUCCCCGCCUUGCCUCGGAGGCACCGCCUCGAAACCAGCGCUGUGCUGGCGCCCGAGGGCCCCGAUCCCGGCCCCCACCUCCCUUAAGUGUGCUGUGUGGCAGUCUGUCUGUUCCCAUGUUUGCGAACGGAAGAGUGGAAUCUCCAAGACCCGGAUGAGCACAUCCACCUGAGGAGGCACGGAGGGAGACGUAGGUGAUGGAGGUUGUUUUUUGUUUUUUUUUUUACGUCUUUUUUUUAAUCAAUGUUCAAACUAAUAAAUAUUUUUUUAUGAAGAGGAAGAAUUGUGAUUCUAUGUAGAUUACAUUUCACAUUUUGUAUUUUUUUGUCUGUAUCUGUAUUUUGGUGUUUGCAACACCAAAGUGGAAAAUACACUCAUGGGGGUGUCACUGAGGGGCAGGGAAACCAUGUGGUUUUCGUACUGUGCUCUGGACCCUGACCAGGUUGUGCAUUUGGACUCUGGGUUUUGGGAAACAGGACACUGCCAGGACCCCAGAGGGGCCUGACUCAAAAAGACACAGCUAUGCUUCCAACUUUGCACAUCUUCCUUUUUAGAAAACUGAGAAAAUGCAAAAACUGGAACUUUUUGCAAUAUUAUGAAAGAUAAUCUUACUUUGGCUCAUUUUGUGACAUGUGCAACUCUUAAGAAAGCCAUACUUAAUGGUGGUUGUCUUUUAUUUUCAGAUCUUCUGUUGUGUUUUGUAUGCAGCCCUUUUAGAACCACUUGUAGUGAGGGUGCUGUGUGUGGGCUUUUCUUAAAUAUUUAUUUUUUCAACAUGCUUUCAACCUGUCAACAAAAACAGAAUUGACAAAAAAGGGCAGUGUUUGAAGAUUGUUGAUCUUUUCUGAGGAUAAUCUAUAUACUGACUUUAUAUUAAUUAUUAUAAACCUGUGUUUGUAUUGAAGAUGUGUUAAUAUUUGGGGAGGAGGUUUUUGUAAUCAGUCAGUGGGAAAUCGCGGCUCUGUUGUCCUGCUUUGCUGUAACCCGGGACAGGUCAAGACUGCCCUCUCUUCUCUAUAGUGAGUCUCGCAGUUUGUCUGCCUAGGCGUGCUCCCAGCCUGCCUGUGGGUCUCCUUUCUGUGACGGGAUUAGCAUAGACAUUCUUGCAAAGCGAUCACUUUCAAUAAAUCGGGAAGUUGCUGCUCCAA